CAGUUCUUCUUCAUUCUCGAAACGGCACCGUACCUCCAAUCCUCUCUCUCUCUCUCUCUCACACACACACCCACAGAGACAUAGUGUUCAUAGCGAGCGAGCUCAGCUGCUCGUUUUCCUUCUCGUUUGAACGGAUUUCUUGUGAGAGCGAAGUUAAGAUAGAACAGUGGAGGGCAUGCACGAAUGUGGACACAUUUGCGCAGAGAAAGUUUCAGAAUGAAGUUACAUUGCUUUGAUGGGAAGUUAUUUAGUUCUUUACCCCCUCUGGUCCCUGUACAACUUCCAUCUCCAACGGAAACCCAUUUAUGGUAUCUUUUACCCAAUGAAGUGAAGAGAAAACCCCUGAUAGAUCAAUAUUUAGAAUUUCUAUCACCAUGUGAGAAAGAAUAUGUUUUUAGCAUGCGUGGAGAGGAGCUGAGGAAACGAGCUCUGCUUGCACGUGCUUUGGUUCGCACUACCAUUGCAAGAUAUCAGACAAAUCCUGAAGUUAAUCCCAGAUCCUUGAAGUUUAGGAAAAACAUCCAUGGAAAGCCUGAGGUAGACUGGCAGCACAGUGAUGAUUGGAACCCACCACCAUUGCAUUUCAAUUUGUCACACACUUCUUCAUUGAUAGCCUGUGGAGUGACCCUGGAUUCUCAAAUUGGUAUUGAUGUGGAAGAAAAGCAACGGAAAACAAAGAACAAUAUCUUGGCUUUUGCCCGGCGAUAUUUCUCUUGCUAUGAAGUGGAACUCUUAACUGCUAUUUCAGACCUGGAGGUUCAGCGCCAGGAGUUCAUAAAAUUAUGGACCCUUAAGGAAGCAUACGUCAAAGCACUGGGAAGAGGCUUCUCAGGUGCCCCUUUCAAGACCUUUGCUAUUCAGUUUAGGGCUACCAAGACAGGGAACUUGCAUCCGUCUGGUAAUCUAAAAUUUAUGGCCUCUGAAAUAGUUGUCGAGUCUUUUGAUGACUCUACCAUCCUUACAAGCAAUUGGCAGUUUGCACUCUUGGAAUUGGCAGGUUCUCAUUAUGCUGCCAUUUGCACGGAAAUGGAUGGUACCCCUGGCAAAUACAAGGCUCCAAUCAAAUUGACGGUUUGGAAGACUAUUCCACUUCUUGAAGACAAAUGCGUUUCUGGAACUGAUGCAGUUGUAGCAAUCGGUGGCUUGACCUAAUCAGUUACUGUCUUAUCAUAUUAUUGGGGAUGAUGACACUGCAGUACUGGGUUUACAAUAUUAUACUACAUUCAAGCAAUAGAAAUGGUACAAUUUUUGUGCUCAACACAACAAUGUGCUGCUUUCAAUUGUUUGUUGAUUUGCAUACUAAUAUUGUAGAUAAUGCAGAUAUUUAAUGUUUAUGCUCUUUCUACCUUCGAAUGUAUCAAGUUUUCAUACUUUGCGAUGUAAAAGGGACCAUUUGGUUUUGCCCCAACCCUUUUGGAUUCAAACUUUUAAUCAUUGUUCAAGUCGCAGAUAUAAGUGAUAGAUGAUGAUAUUGUGUUGUACUUGUCUUCAAGGGCAAGACUUACCGGUUACUGAAAAUUAAUGAAGGCAUGACAUGG